AUGGCGUCUUUUAAAACGGAUUUAUACCUGUUUCUUGCUUUAUUUCUGUCAAUCUCAGGUGUUUGGAGCUUCAGUGAGCUGUUUUUUAUAAAGGAGCCGCAUGAUGUGAUGGCUAUGAGAAGAGACGCUGUGGUUUUGGACUGUCAGGCCCACGGCGAGGCUCCCAUUGGCAUCCGAUGGCUCAAAAACAGAGUCACAAUCACAGAGUCGGAGCGUGUUUAUUCGCUCAGCAAUGGCUCUCUGCUCAUAUCAGAGGUGGAAAGUCGGAAGGACAAAUCAGAUGAAGGGUUUUACCAGUGCCUUGCCCAGAACAAAUACGGAUCUAUUCUGAGCCAGAGAGCCCGCUUGACUAUCGCAAGUUUAUCCACCUUCACUCAGCAGCCGGCAUCAAUCAUAGUAAUGGAGGGAUCCGUGGCCAGAUUCAGCUGUAAAAUCACAGCCACGCCUCCACCAAUCAUCACCUGGGAGUUUAACAAAGUCACUUUACCAUUGGCCACUGAAAGAAUCACAGUGCUGCCCAGUGGUGUUUUACAAAUUCAGGGAGUUGAACAGAAGGAUGCAGGGAGUUACAGAUGUGUUGCAGCUAAUAUUGUCAGUCGACGCAGGAGCGCCGAGGCCACGCUAGCCGUCACCACAGCAAUGUCUCCCAGAGCUCUUCAAAGGCCGCGAAUCAUCGCCGGUCCGCAGAAUCUGACUGUGCCGGCUCACAGUACAGCUCUACUAGAGUGCAUGGCGUCUGGAAACCCUCGUCCGCUGAUCUCCUGGAGCCGAGCAGACCAUAAGUCCAUAGACGUUCACAAAACUAAAGUUCUCGGCAAUGGAAACCUGAUCAUAUCUGAUGUGAAAGCUCAACACGCUGGAAUCUACUUCUGCCGCGCAACUACACCUGGAACCAGAAACUACACCAUCGCAGCCGCCAACAUAACUGUGCUAGCGCCGCCAUCUCUUGUGGAGUGGCCAGAAAGCGUGACUCGACCCCGGGCAGGUACAGCUCGAUUCGUGUGCACAGCGGAGGGUUUUCCGACCCCUCAGAUCACAUGGCUGAAGAACGGAGAACCUGUGCGCUCAAACGGACGCAUUAAGAUGUAUAACAGUAAACUGGUGAUAAAUCAGAUUAUCCCAGAGGACGACGGCAUCUAUCAGUGUGAGGCGGAGAAUAUUCAGGGUUCGGUUCUGGCUAUGGCUCGUCUGAUCGUGGUGAUGUCUGAUAAUCGACCCAGUGCUCCACGUAACAUCCGCGCUGACACUGUGUCCAGCUCCGCCAUCCUGCUGGCUUGGGACAGACCCGCGUACAACUCUGAGAAGGUCAUCGCUUAUUCUGUGCACUACAUGAAGGCGGAAGGUCUAAAUAACGAAGAGUACCAGAUUGUAAUCGGUAACGAUACUACCCGCUACAUUAUUGAUGACCUGGAGGCCGGGAGGAACUACACUUUCUACAUCGUAGCGUACAUGCCGAUGGGUGCCAGCCGCAUGUCGGACCACGUCAUACAGCACACACUAGAGGACGUCCCCCUGCGUGCCCCUGAGCUGAGCCUGACGAGCCGCAGUCCCUCUGAUAUUCAGGUGUCGUGGCAGCCGCUCUCUCAUAAGCUGAGCCGGGGGCAUGUGUCUGCGUAUCGCCUCUCCUACAGGACCAGCUUAGACGGGACGCUGACACAGCUGGAGCUCUCAGCACACAAAACCCAUCAGCUGCUGGAGGGUCUGCAGCCUGACACCACAUACCUGCUCCGCAUCGCUGCCGCCACUGCUGUGGGUUGGGGAGAACCAUCCGCCUGGAGCUCUCACAGGACACCCAAAGCUUCCAGUACUAAAGUGCCCUUAGCGCCAGAGCUCCAGCUGGAGUCACUGAAUUGCACGACGGUCACCCUGCGCUGGCAUCUUCCCGCGGGCAGCAGCUCUGGACUGCAGGGCUUCAAACUCUCCUACCAUGAAGAGGGUCAGUCGGAGGCAGCGCAGACACAUAUUCCCCCACACCACCGCCAGCACACCAUCGGAGGCCUGGACCCAAGGAAGAAAUACCACAUCAAACUCUUGGCUUUCAGCUUCAUGGGUGAUGGAUAUCAGGCGGACCAGACCAUCAGCACGCCGGGAUGUGUUUCGGUUCGAGAUCGUCUGGUCCCGCCCCCUCCGCCACCUCAUCAUGUUUACGCCCACAGUAACUCCUCCUCCUCUGUGUUCCUGCACUGGGCUCGUCCCGCCUUCACCAGUGCACAGAUGCUCAACUACACGGUGCGCUGUAACCCUGUGGGCCUGCAGAACGCCUCGCUGGUGCUGUACCUGCAGACCGCUGCUCAGAGUCUGCUGGUCACUGAUUUGGAGCCAAACACUAAUUAUGAGUUUGCGGUUCGUCUUCAUGUGGAUCUGCUGUCCAGCCCCUGGAGUCCAGUGGUUUACCAGACCACACUGCCUGAAGCUCCCUCUCGAGCUCCCGUUGCAGUUAAAGUCACACUGAUCGAGGGAGACUCUGCUCUGGUGUCGUGGAAAGCUCCGGAUGAUCGCAGCGCUGCCGCCGUUACGCAUUACACCGUCCUGUACGCCACACGCAGAGCCUGGGCCGCCGGAGACUGGCAGAUGCUGCAGAGAGAAGGGAGCAUUACCAUGGCACUGCUGGAGAAUCUUCAGCCCGGUCAGGUCUAUCUGGUGCAGGUCUCAGCAUCCAAUCAGAUGGGAGAUGGGCCGUUCUCAGCGGCUGUAGAGCUGACCAUACACACUGAUGGCCAAGCCCCUCGAACACAUGGCUCCUCCCAUUCCACAGUGUUUUCUGAUGGUUUCUAUCAUCUGGAUCAGAGGUCAAUGACGGGUAUAGCGGUGGGCGUUUGCAUCGCUUUAACCUGCAUUAUCAUUUGCAUCCUCAUACUGGCCUGCCGGAGCAAAACCAGGAAAUCCUGCACUACCAAAUCCAUCAGACAGGCAGGAGGACAGACUCCGCCCACUGCAGUCCGUCUGGCCAAUGAGAGUGCAGCUGAGAGUGUGGAGGUGAUGAUGCCCAUGAUGAGAGAGCAUUUCAUCGAUGCAAAGGGUGGAACAAAUCUGAUCAUUAACAGUUACGGCCCGGUGAAGCCCACCAUUGAGAAGAAGAGAAGAAAGAGAUGGAGCUUCUUUAAGAAAAAUGAAAAGGAGGUGAAGAAAGUGUCCAGUCCAUCUUAUUCCUAUCAUCCUGGCACCACCCUGCUGUGCUACACAGAAACGUCUCCCGAAAACCGGCCGUCGACUCUGCAGGGUCUGUUUGGGCCAUCGGGGGGCGACAGCGAGGGCUCGCACUCCAGCGAGGGGAGCCACGAAACCAGCGAUUCAGGACGAUACUCUCACGACGAUACAGAAGCAACAAACGUGUCUAUCAGAAGUCGCCCUGCUUCACUACAGGACGACGGGAACCAAACGCCUGUUAACGAAAAAAUGCUCGAAUCUACACUUCAAGAACAGGAAAUAACAGACCUCCAUCCUGUUUAA